CAUAUUGACAAGCUUCUAAAAAAAAAAAUUACACAAGGAGAAAAUUAUUAGUCAAUCUUAUGGUUGCUUUGUGACUCAUAUUUGUGUCCAAGCAAAAAAAACUUGGUUAAAUUUGGCCACCAAAAGUUUCCAAAUUCUUGAAAAGUCUCAACAAUAACUUUUCUGGUAAUGUUCAUCUAUAAGAGCAUUCAUUUUAUGGAGGAGAGAAAAAAGAUUGAUAACGAAGCGAGUUUCGACACCCAAACAAGGAGAAAAAAUCAGCAAAAAGAAUGGAGGAGAAGAAGUAUGUGGUAGAGGUAGAGAAGGGCAAAGAAGCAAAGGAUGGAAGGCCUUCAGUUGGCCCAGUUUACAGGAGUGUUACUGCCAAAGAUGGUUUCCCACCUCUUCUUCCAGGAAUGGAAACUUGCUGGGAUAUUUUCCGAAAUUCAGUGGAGAAAUUCCCAGAGAAUCGAAUGGUUGGAUAUCGUGAAACUGAGGAUGGCAAAGUAGGAGAUUAUGUUUGGUUAACAUACAAGGAAGUGUACGAAAUUGUUAUGAAAGUUGGAGCAUCUAUCCGAAGUUGUGGAAUUAGUAAAGGAGCACGAUGUGGUAUCUACAGUACUAAUUGCCCUAAGUGGAUCAUCAGCAUGCAGGCCUGUAAUGCACAUGGACUGUACUGCGUUCCACUUUAUGAUUCCCUAGGUGCUGGUGCAGUGGAAUACAUCAUAUGUCAUGCAGAGGUGUCCAUCGCUUUUGUAGAAGAAAAGAAGAUUUCAGAGGUUCUCAAGACGUUACCCAAUACAAGAAAGUACUUGAAAACACUUGUGAGCUUUGGCAAGGUAAAAUCCGACCAAAAGGAAGAAGCUGAAAGAAUGGGCUUGACAAUUCACUCUUGGGAUGAAUUUCUACUACUGGGAAACAAUCAACAGUUUGAUCUUCCUGCAAAAAAGAAAAGUGACAUUUGCACAAUAAUGUAUACAAGUGGUACAACCAGUGAGCCCAAGGGAGUAUUGAUUUCCAAUGAGACUGUUGUCACUGUUGUAUCUGGCAUAAAAUUCUCAUUGACGAGCAUAAAUGAAGAGCUUAUGCAAGAUGAUGUAUACCUCUCAUAUCUUCCUCUAGCACAUAUCUUUGAUCGAGUGGUAGAGGAAUUGUUUAUCUCAAUUGGUGCUUCAAUAGGGUAUUGGCGCGGAGAUGUGAAACUGCUGUCUGAAGACAUCAAGGAUCUGAAACCAACAAUUCUUUGUUCUGUUCCGCGUGUGUUAGAUAGGAUAUAUUCAGGUCUGAUGGAAAAGAUUUCUUCUGCUGGGGCUUUGAAACGUACAUUGUUCAAUGUCGCCUACUCGUACAAAUUGAGCAACAUGAACAAUGGGUAUAGGCUUGAGGAAGCAUCCCCCAUUUUUGAUAAGAUAGUGUUUAGUAAGAUUAAGGAGGGUCUUGGAGGAAAACUUCGUCUAAUCCUUUCAGGAGGAGCACCUCUUGCUCCUAGUGUUGAAACUUUCCUACGCGUGGUGACAUGUGCUCAUGUGCUUCAAGGAUAUGGUCUUACUGAAAGCUGUGCAGCUUCAUUCAUUGCACAACCUAAUGAUAUGGCAAUGGUUGGAACUGUGGGACCUCCUGUACCAAACGUCGAUGUCUGCUUAGAAUCAGUUCCAGAAAUGGGAUAUGAUGCUCUUCUGUCCACAACCCCACGUGGAGAAAUAUGCAUUCGAGGAAAUACCCUCUUUACAGGUUACCAUAAACGAGAAGAUCUCACCGAAGAAGUCAUGUUUGAUGGAUGGUUCCACACAGGGGAUAUUGGAGAGUGGCAGCCAGAUGGGUGCAUGAAGAUCAUUGAUCGCAAGAAAAACAUCUUUAAGCUCUCACAGGGAGAAUAUGUUUCAGUUGAAAACUUGGAGAAUAUAUACAGUCUUGCCUCAGAAAUCGAUUCGGCAUGGGUUUAUGGAAAUAGCUUCGAGUCUUUCCUUGUUGCUGUUGUCAACCCCAACAAGCAUGCUCUUGAAUCCUGGGCUCAAGAACAUGAAGUUGCAGGUGAUUUCAGUUCACUGUGCCAGCAUCCUAGAGCAAAGGCCUACAUUCUUGAGAAGCUCAACAAGAUUGCCCGAGAGAACAAGUUGAAAGGAUUCGAGUUAAUCAAGGCAGUACAUCUAGACCCCAUGCCAUUUGACAUGGAGCGCGAUCUAUUGACUCCAACCUUUAAGAAGAAGAGGCCUCAAUUACUCAAGUAUUAUAAGGAUGUUAUUGACACCUUAUACCAAGAACAGAACGAGAAACGACAAUCAUAAUGAAGCAUCAGUUCUGCAAUAUUUGGGUGCAAAUUUGACAUCUUUUUUAUCUAAGAUUUCUAUUUCUUGUAGGGAGCUUCUACAUGUAGAGGAAAAAACAUCAUCAGUUUGAUACAACAAUUGUAGAUUCACCCUUUUGUACUUGAAAUUCUUAAUUACAUUCGUAAUUACAUUAACUUGUAUCAA